AAGAUAUGGAAGUGAAUUACUAAAACGAAACGUGUUUACACAGCUGCAUGAUAUUGCAAUGAAUACCGAAACAAAAACAAAAACACAGAGUAGUUAGUGCAACCGCAAAGACCCAGUAGAGAGUCGAAAAUGCUUGCCACUAGAAAAUGCUUAAUAAAUUUCCGUGUCACCACCACCUCUUAAAUGCACGCUAAUAAGCCCAAAAAAUGCGUUUUCCAUUGCGACGCAACGCGAAUGUCCUAGACACGCUCCUAACCGAGACUCUACAAAUAUUGGUGGUGUUCAGCAUAAUGGGUUGGCCAUUUAGUGGUAUGCAACAGUGUGAAACCAAGGGCAUGAGUGCGGAACGUGUACAACAGCAGCAACAACAACAACUGAGUAAGCAGCAGCAGCAGCAACAUUUAGAAUUACAUUACCUGCAUCAUCAGCAACACCACUUCCAACAACAGCAACAACAAAUGCAUAAACUAGCCACUCACACAUUACAACAACACACACCAACAAUAGGUGGUGAACCAUCGUUGGGAUUAGCAUACCGACACGACAAAAUGGAAUUAAUGACCACAACAGUAUCUCCUGCUGCUGUAGCCUCCUCCUCCUCUCAAGCCGCAGCAGCAGCAGCAUACUCGUCAUCAAUGUCCUCGCCACCAACGUCAUUAUCAUCGUCGUCAUCAUCAUCAUCAUUAGACACGCAUGACAUGCAGCACUACGCCACACCAAUAAUUACAAAAAAUUAUCAACACAAAAGAGGGGCCACAAGCGCUGCCGACGGCGAUGCGGCGUAUACGCAACCCAUCACAACGACCACAUUAACGGCUAACGAAGCCACUGCCCAAGCCACCGCUUCAAUGCCGGGUGUUAGCGUUGCGAAUGAUGUUGGCGAUGGUGCUGGGCUCACGGACAUGCGAGUUCGCUUAGCACCGUCCUCCUCCUCAUGGGCCCUACACGUGCUGCAUCGCGUUUCAAAGGACACGCAACACAACGGCGUUUACGCACAGCUUCCGCCUAUCAAUGGCGACAGCGCCUCCAACGAUUCGCAAGAGAUCGAUAAUAUGGAUUACGUCAUGUCGGAACAUAUUGCUUCGCUGACGCAUACAACAGACGACGACGAUGACGACGCAACGAGUGUGAGCGCGAGUGCGACACCGCGACUAACAGCAUAUGCAAACACUAAUAAAAAUCAUAGUAAUAACAGCAACAACAACAACAACAAUAGCAGUAGCAGCAGCAGCGAUAACGGUAACAUAAAUAUCAACGACAACAAUAGCAGUAGUAGUAAUAAUCAAACACAGAACGAUUUGAGGUCCUUAUCGUUAUUAAGCGUAAGCGACCAUAAUAUGGAAAUAUCGGCCAUGGCACAGGAGCAAACGGCGAUGGAUGCGUCCUUGACAUCUUCCAGCUCAGCCUCGGCAGCAUCAUCAUCGUCAUCAUUGUUAACCGAGUCUGAAUCUCUAACGGCGGCCGAUCGAACAGCCAGCGAUGUCAGUAUUGCCGAUGAAAGCAUCAAUACCAUCAACAGCAACAACAAUAACAUGCAACAUCUUGGCACACAGCGCAUUGCAUUGAAAACGACGGCAAAAACAAAAACAACUCUGGCCACAGAACAUCAUCAACACAAUGCGGCCAAGUCACAGGCGAUUACAACAGCCGCCACCACCGGCGGUGCAGCUGGGCGCCAACGCGGCUCAGCGAAAAAGGUGGAGAGCAGAUAUGUACUGCCCAAACCGCAGAAGACCGAUGCGCCAAUGCUCAACUACAUUUUCGAUACAUUUUCGACGGCGAACAAACAUCAUCAUCACGAUCAGAGAUAUGGACCGCACUUUGAGGAUGUGCAGCGCGUGGGACAGCCAACUAAUAUGACGGUGCAGGCGGGUAGCAGCAUACAUUUGAAUUGCAGAAUAUCGCUGCUGCAAGAUAAGACUGUGUCCUGGGUGCGUCGCAAUGCACAGGGCGAAAAUGCCUUGGACCUGCUGACGGUCGGCCUGCACACGUACACGGGCGAUAAACGCUACAAAAUGGAGUUUCAAUAUCCGAACAAUUGGCGGCUGAAAAUCACGAACGUGAAGAAGGAUGACGAAGCGAUGUAUGAGUGUCAGAUAUCGACGCAUCCGCCGCGUGUGAUACAAAUUAAUCUCUUCGUUAAUGCACCGAAAGUGAUGAUUGUUGAUGAGUUCGGUGAUCCACUACAGGAGAAAUAUUACGAAAUCGAUUCAACAUUGCAGCUGUCAUGUGUGGUCCGCAAUGUCGCCAUGGCCACAUCGGUCGUGUACUGGAAGCAUGGCGUUGACGUACUCAACUACGAUGUGACGCGCGGCGGCAUCAGCGUUAAGACGGAGCUGAUGGACGACGGCGCCAAUUCCACAUUAUCCAUAGCGAAAAUCAACAAGUCCGACUCCGGCAACUAUACGUGCGCAAUUAGUGAUUUUCAAAACUUCACCAUAGUCGUGCACAUACUGAAUGGUGAAAGUUUCGCCGAACUGCAUCACGGCGCGGCAGCUCCCACGGUUCCUAGCGUAUUCCAACAGCAGCUGGUCGUGCAUUGUGCCUUGCUCGGCUUGUUGUUGUUGCUUUUGUUGCUGCACGCGCCACAUCAACCGUACACGCUUGUGCACAGGUAAAAGUUACUCAAUUAGCCAAGCAGCGGGGCAGCGCGCAAGAAAUCCUAACCAACAAGGCUAGAAUGGAUGCGAGGAAGUGAUCGCUGUGCGGCGGAGGGUCGCCAGCGCCGUUAUAGUUGAAUUUUUAUAAUUUCACUAAUUAAGUAAGUUAAGUAAAUUAAUAUGACGUUUAAUUGAAGCAAUUAGUUAACGAAGCGAUAAUUAAGACAACUUACAUACAUAUAUAUAUAGAAUUAUAGGGUUAUAGGCUAUAAGGGAGUAGAAAGUAAAAGUUGAAUUUAUAAAAUAAAUCAAAAAAUUUGUUAAAAUGAAUUUAUUUCCAUGAAUCAGUUGUAUGUUGGUGUAUGUAUCGAAGGGUAGCUGAGACCACAGAUUUCAUUUAUCAUAAACGUGAAAUCACAUUUUUUACAAAAACACAGACACACACAUAUAUGUUUACUAUAUAAAAGUUGGACAUAUGUGCAAAAAGAAAAAAAUGCAAAGCAUUAAAAAUAGUCAUAAAAUAACAAUUUUAGUUGUUGCACAAAGGCUUCGCCAACGUGCACCAGCCAGCCGAGUAAAAUAUUUGGAGAAUUGUUGCACCCGAGAGGGAUUAUUGCAAAUAAACGUUGCAUUAUUGAGGUGAAAAAGUCAAAUAGACGCAGCGAAAUACACGCGAACCCCAUGGCAGCACCGAAAUAAAAUAUCAAUGCGCUCAAAAUAAGCAACAACACGCUAAAGUAAAUAAUUGCGGUGUGAAAAAGUGUAAAUAACGGUAAAUACGCACAUAUGUGAAAAUACAAAUUGUUGGUGUGAACAGCAAAUUGGAUGGUGUUAUUGCAAGCAAAAUGCGAAUUUCAAUGUGCAUACAAUUAAAUAAUUGUUAAAUAAUUAUAAUUUUGUGGUAAAUUUUGUAUUGGUAUUCCGAACACAAACUACAACCAGCGAAUAAUAGUUAAAUAAAUACCGCACAGCAAAAGCAAAUAUUAUUUAUGAAAUUGUUGGUAAAGCAAACAGGCAUUUCUGGCAAUCUGGCAAGGUUCAUAUGCUAUGGAGGUCUCGAUUGGUAAUUUGUAUACGGUGGUCAGAAAAGUGGGGUGUAACCAAAGUGACGGACUAUUUUUUCGAGUUAAUGCAGAGAUGAUAUUUCAAGUAACCAAAUAACAUUAAGGAUUUUCCUUUUAAGAACUCCUGAUCACUUUUUAUUCCUUUUUUAGCACAAAAUCAAGGAUAAAUAGUAAACGAGGGGUUAGUGAAUUUUAAGGGGUUAGGGGUAGUUAGGAUUUUCAAAAAAUCAAUUUUUUUUUGCAUUUUCGUUAAGAGUAAAAUCUUAACAAUAUUCUCUGAAAAUUUGAAGUUGAUCCGAUAAUUACUUUUCGAGUUUAUCGACAAAUAACAACGAGUGCUCGGGCACUCUAACACGCUAGUGUGAAGCUUUAAAUGUUUUAUUCUCAAAACUAUGUUUUUUGAACUGGUGACAACUUAAACUAGAAAACCGCUCGGUAGAUUUUAAUGAAAUUUCUACAGCUUUUAGAGUGCAUAAUGAACUCGGGCCUGAUCGAAGGAUUUUUUUUUUCAAAAAUUUCGAUUUUUUAAGACCAAUUAACUAUUGAUUUUUUCCCGAAAAUCUAAAAAAAAUUCUUGAAGCCGCCAUUUUGUUACAUUUUGAAAAAAAAACCUUCGGAUCAGGCCCAGGAUUAUCUAUUGAUAAAACUCAUUUUUUUUUAUCCGAUUGAUUUUAGAUGAAUCUCCAAGGACUUAUGAUUGUCACCGCAAGGACCUUUUUUUGAAACUGGGUCAACACAGACAGCUAUAACUUUGAAACUUAAAAUUGUUUUCCAAAUUUUCGUGACUAGGUCAAAACAUUGUAUAAUAAUGUCAUAUGAUUACUUUUGUAAAAUAACAUGAUUUAAUGAAAAAUUACUGAAAAUUCUAUUUUUUUCGUUUCUCUGACUACCCCUAUCCCUUAAGGGACUUAUAUUUUGGGUUUAAAACUAAUAUACUAAGUUGCACUUUUUUGAACUAGAAAAAAAAGCCUUAGUUCACCGUAAUUUGUUACGAUUAGAAUCAAAUUACUUUCGCCUAAAAUCGAUAAUUAUAAAGUCCUUACUGAUUGACCACUUUGUAUUUAGUUUUAUUAAAUAUACUCACGAGCCUGGGUUGGGAGUGAUUUGAACUUCGCAUGUCUUUUUGUGGUAAACUAUUGAAUAGCAGGGAGGUUUCAGUAACAGUCAGUAACAACUAUCUAUUAGGUCUACAACUUUGCUUCCGCCGUUUUUUUUUUUUUUGUAAAUGUCGCCGCACUUUUCUGGGAAUUUAAAAGAAAAGCAAAAUUUCCCGCAAAUGUCGAGAUGUCACUUUUUCAGCUCAAAAAGUGACAUUUUCAGUUGAGAAUAAGUUUAGGAUGCACACAGAUCUCUACAAAUAUUUUGUUGGGUUAAUGUUGACACAAGUGUCCAAGAUCGAUAUAAAAAAAAUCGAAUUAAUCGACCAGUGCUUGGCCCUAGAGACAUCUAUUGGAAAACGGCGGAAGCAAAAUUGUAGACCUAAUAGAUAGACAAUUUCUAAGUCAGAUUUCCAGAAAUAUUUAUCCUCGACCAUUUUGAUAAUCAUGACGGAAUAAUAAUUUCAUUCAAGGGGUCCUAGUUGACGUUGGUUUACUAAAGGUUUAGUAGAAAUCAUAUUGCGCUUACGAGUGAUAUAAAGAGAAGAAAAUUAAAAAAGGUACGAUACAUUUUUUCUACACAAUUUCAGAAGUUAUAUUCCCUCAUUGCUGAGAAUUAAUAUUACAGCAGGUACUUAAAUAAAACUCUUAGUUUGGCGCAUAAAAAGAUUGGCCUAUUAGUAGAAUUAAAAAAGGAAGUCGAUAUUAAGGACACUAAGCUGACUCUGAGCUUUCAGUGUAACAUCAGUGUAGUUUAAUAAUUAUUGAAUCUUGUUGAACAUUUUCUGUACCACCAUUCAACGAUUGCAGCCUUUAAGCUUACUUCGUUUCUUUAUGGACAGUCAUUUAACCGCAUAAAAACCAGUUCAAAACCUCUACACUCCCAUAAAAUACCACAAUUCAUAAAAAUAAUGUAAAAAUCCUGGCAGGAAAAUUAUUAUUGUUGAAUUCGAUGAGUAAAUGUUAUUGCGGUAAAUAUAUGUACAGUCACCAACACAUAAUUCCAUGCAUUUAUAGUGGUAAAUUGUAGUUUAAAAACUAUUGUGCAAUAAAAUAUUGCAAGUGAAACGAAAAUUACAGUCAUAACUGUAAGGGAAAUUCAUGUAUACUGAGCAAAAAAAAAAUAUUUUUUUUUAUAAAUAGGAAAGUGAACGCAGACAUAGUUAAAUAUACAAACAUUUAUGAACAUAUGAAACGGCUUAUCCACACACACACACAACAUAAAUCGUAUUUUCAACUGUAAAUACACAUAUAGAUAUAUAAGAAGAUUGUAUGUUAAAAACAUUUAUAAGAGCUCUAGUUAUAGCAACAAAAAAUAUGAAAUGAAAUUUCUCCAUAAAAAUAAUAAAAAAUGUUUAAGCUGAAAGUAAUUAAGUAAGUGUAGUGUAAAAGGUGAGAGGCGUUGAUGCGUUUACCAACAACAAUAAAAAUCGACUUGAAAUUAAGAAAAUA